CUAUAGCCCCCCAGUGCAGCUACCUCCUCCGCUCCUGCAUAGCCUCCUGGUGCAGCUACCCCCAACCCCCUAUAAACCCAUUGUGGAGCUACCUCCUACCCUCCACCUGGCAUAGCUACCCUUCAGUCCUCUGUAUCCUCCUGUGCAGCCAUCUCCUUCCCCUCUCCUCAUAACCCCCAGCGCAGCUGCCCCCCAUCUCCUUCCCACCAUAGUCCCCUGGCGCAGCACUCCCUAGCCCUCUGUAUCCUCCUUGUGCAGCCAUCUCCCCUCUGUCCCAUAGCCCUCCGCCACAGCUGCCCCCCAUCCCUUUCCCACCACAGUCCCCUUGUGCAGCUACCCUCUUCCCUUGUCCCCAUGGGCCUCCCUCCCCCCUCAGCGCAGGUACUCCCAUCCCCAUGGCUCCCCCGGCGCGGUUAUCUCCCCCCCGAUUCUCCUAGCUUUUCUGUUUUAUCCUCACUUCUUUUUCCAGAUGCCUGCACCCCUAUCUUUCUCCUUACUUUUCUGAACCCCCCAACCCAGGAAUCUCCUCCUGUUGCUAUCCCUCCUCCCUGAUUCUUCAUUCUUCUCUUCUUCCAUUUAUUUAGCCUCCCCCCACAUCUUUUAUUUCCUUGCAGUUCUCAAAAUUGUGACACUUUUUAUUUCUCUCUAACUUCCUUUCUCCCUGCUCCCCUUUCCCUGAUCCUUUUAAGACUUUUUAUUUUCUGCCUUCCCAGUUCCAUCUCCUAAAUCAACUUGAGGAUCUAAUUCCUCUCCUUUUCCCAAUACAGUUGGUACUCUUAGCACAUACUCCCACCCACAUAUUUCUCUUAGUAUCUUUUUUUACCUCUUAUCCCGGUUCCCGGUGAGCCCUUUAUAUUUCUCUUUUCUUCUGCCAUUGCAAUCUGUCUGUCACUUUUAUUCUCUGUUCUGUACUCCAGCCCCUAGUCUCUUUUGUGGCUCUCUCUCCUCCUCCCACCACCUUCAUUCUCCUCUGCAACAGCUGGAGUUUCUGCAGUAUCAUCUUCUAGGCUAUGGAAAAAUCUGUUCAGCAGCAGUGUGAAAUCAAGACUCAGGUUAAGUUCCUUGUUGCUACCCUGUAGUCUGCAGUGGGCAUAAUAUAAAAAAAAAAUCAGAUGGAGAAAUGAAAGCACUGAAGUCAAGUGCCUUGCCUGGGGUCUCAUAGCAAGACAAGAAUGUUACUCCUGAUUCACAGUCACAUCUUGCAGCAGCAAGAAAACUUGCAAAAGAAACUGAUAGAGGGUGGAAAAGUCUUGCGAAAAUUAAAAGGAAGAACAAAGGAGGAAUGCCUGAUUCUUGCGCAGAUUGCGGCAUACUUGAAUGCCUCCAAGACAGUCAGCCCAAGAUUCCAAAAAAUGGAUGUCCAUAACUUAUGAUAUAGUUCUGCUUUGGUAUUGCUGACUCAAACCACAGAAGCCCAAAGAAGGGGGGAAGUGGAAUAAAAUACUCAAUUAUCAAGCGCCAGAGGAAAAUAUCAAACUGUCCAAUGAAAACUACUGUUACUGAGGUUUAGAUUGCUCCUGCAGUGUAUAAAUGAGUGUGUGCAAAAAAGCUGUGCACCAAAAGCCUACCAAUCCUAGUAUUUGCCAGGUUUCUUCACUGAGAAGAACUUUAAACUGAAAACCUUAAUUCUUGCUUUUAAGAAAAACAAAUAAAAAAACAACAAAAAAACAGGAAAAGAGUCAGCAAGGAUUCACAAUGUUUGUCGUGUUUUGGUCCAGUCGCCAGAAUAUUAUGGGAAUUGUAUCUGAUGGCAUAGAUUACAUUUUUCCUUUUCAUCAUGGAAGUUACAGUGACUUUAGACUUUGUCUCUGCAAUGUCAAAUGAUUAAGACACGUGCUGAAAGUUUUUGGUUUUUUUGGCUGACAUAACUUUGAUGUGACAGUUUAAAAAAAAUAAUCAUGGUUUCAUUCCCUUUUUAAGUCUUUGUGGGGAUGCUCUUGGAAAGGUAUGAAAAAGAAAACCAGCUUUUUGGUGGGGGACCCGAAAUCUUAUAAGAAUGCCCAGAAGGGGUUUAAUAUUUCAAGCCAGGACCCGUUGGCUACUGGUGGGUCUUGCCUUACUAUUCAGUUUAAUGUUGUUCAUGUACCUGCUUGAGUGUGCUCCACAAACAGAUGGCAAUGGAUCUCUGCCUGGCGCUGUAGGGGAGAACUUGGGUAAAGAAUAUUACCAAGCUCUUCUACAGGAACAAGAGGAACACUAUCAAACCCGGGCUACUAGUCUGAAGCGUCAGAUUGCUCAGCUAAAACAAGAGCUUCAGGAAAUGAGUGAUAAGCUGAAAUUGCUGCAGGAAAAAAAGAGCCCAAGAGUCAAUGGCAUAGGCUAUCAAGGCACCAAAGAACAAGCAUCCAAUGAUCUCCUAGAGUUUCUUCAUUCCCAAAUUGACAAGGCUGAGGUGAGCAUCGGGGCCAAGCUACCUAGUGAAUAUGGUGUAAUUCCUUUUGAAAGCUUUACCUCCAUGAAAGUGUUCCAGUUAGAGAUGGGACUCACUCGACACCCAGAGGAGAAACCUGUUAGAAAGGAUAAGCGAGAUGAGUUGGUGGAAGUUAUUGAGGCUGGCCUAGAGGUAAUCAAUAAUCCAGAUGAAGAAGAUGGCCAAGAUGAUGAUGAUGAAGGAAUAGGAGAGAAACCGCUCUAUAAUGAAAAUGAUUUCAUAGAAGGUUAUUAUCGCACAGAGAGAGAUAAAGGAACACAGUAUGAAUUGUUUUAUAAAAAGACCGAUGUUAUGGAAUACAGACAUGUCACACUAUUCCGACCAUUUGGACCCCUCAUGAAAGUGAAGAGUGAAACAGUUGACAUUUCCAGAUCAGUUAUUAACAUCAUUGUCCCUCUUGCUGGAAGAACUGAGGCAUUUGCACAAUUCAUGCAAAACUUUAGGGAUGUGUGUAUUCAUCAGGACAAGCGGAUUCACCUCACAGUGGUAUACUUUGGCCAAGAUGGGCUAUCUGAAGUGAGGAGCAUCCUGGAGUCAGUAGCUCGAGAAACUAAUUUUCACAAUUACACACUGGUCUCUUUGAAUGAGGAAUUUAAUCGUGGGCGAGGACUAGACAUGGGUGCCAGAGCUUGGGAAAAAGGCGAAGUGUUAAUGUUCUUCUGCGAUGUUGAUAUUUACUUCACAGCUGAGUUCCUUAACAGUUGCCGCUUGAAUGCUGAACCAGGCAAGAAGGUUUUCUAUCCCGUGGUAUUCAGCCUUUAUAAUCCUGCUAUUGUCUAUGCCAACCAAGAUGUACCACCCCCUGUGGAGCAGCAAUUGGUACACAAAAAGGAUUCUGGCUUCUGGCGGGAUUUUGGCUUUGGAAUGACAUGUCAAUAUCGGACAGAUUUCCUGACUGUUGGGGGGUUUGACUUGGAAGUGAAAGGCUGGGGUGGAGAAGAUGUUCAUCUGUACAGAAAGUACUUGCAUGGAGACCUUAUUGUGAUCCGGACCCCAGUCCCAGGCCUGUUUCAUCUCUGGCAUGAGAAGCAUUGUGCCGAUGAACUGACUCCAGAGCAAUAUCGCAUGUGUAUCCAGUCUAAAGCCAUGAAUGAAGCAUCUCACUCGCACCUUGGAAUGCUGGUCUUCAGGGAGGAGAUUGAGACCCAUCUCCGUAAACAGGCCUAUAGGACUAACAGUGAAACAAUAGAUUAAAAGGAUUCUUAUUGCAAGACCGAAGACUUUAAACUCACAAAGAACCAGCAUCAUUCUAAAGCCUUAAUUCAGCUUACAAAUUCAGUGCCUCCUUCAGUGAAGAAAAGUUUUUUUUAACUGCUUUGUCUGGUAUUCUGUUACCUACAUAUCUCACCUGUUCAGGCACCUGAGAUAAGAAUUUUUGAAAGUAAUUUCAAUGAAAGGUUCUGCAGUAUUAACUUUGUGGACAAAUAUAGCAGCAGAAUGUAUGACCUAACACUUUUUCACUUUUAUUGAUAUUUUUUUUCAUAUUUGCAUUAUUGUAAGGUAAGGAUUGCAUUAAGUGUACAAUAUUUUGUCUUGUCUGCCAAGUAUUGUUACACUCUGUCUUGCUCAUUGCACUGUAACUUUAGACAGAUACCAUACUUACACAUUCCAGGAUAAAAACUAAACACGACCAUGAAAGUCAUUGGGAAAAUGUACACAUGAACCUAAUUACUAGGUUAAUUAGGUUGCUGAUUUCAUGGCAAUUUAAUUAAAUUCACUGUAUUAACAGCUAUCCAUAUAAUUCACAUUAGAGAAGAAUUUAUAGGAAAAAGGGACGUAUGAAAAUCUCUGAAAGAGGAAUUCUAGAAUAGUUAGUAUUGUUUGAUAUCAAUGCAAAAGUAAGCUGGACAUGUUCCAUUUGCUUAUCCUAGCUAUGGGCCAAAAAAAAUUCCUCUUACAUAUUUCAGGAUGUACAAAGACAAGCAAUUUAAAUAAAAGCGAGUUACUUGUCUUCAGUUGCUUUGUAUGGUAUGAUUAGAUUCACCAUUUUUAAUAUCCUUUGUUUUCAGAUGAAUGUUGAGAUUCACUUAUUUAGCGGAGAGUGUGGAGGAGUUGCAUCUGCGGUCUCCACAAAUUUAGAAAUUAGUUGAAAACCACUCACUAAAUCAACUAAUUUUGGAUCUGUUUUUUGAAAUCAGUUUUAGUUUCAAACACUUAAGGGCAAAUAGAAAUUAAAAUAUGUGACUUCUGGAUGCAAAAUAUGCUGUGUAAAAUAGUGCUGUUCACUGAUUUUUUUUACAUGUACAUAAAAUUGGCUUUUCUGUAACUUAUUGUGGAGAACAGUGUACUGUAUUGUGUUUUAAAGAGGGGAGAAUGUAAUGCAAGAUGUCUUACAAUUGGUAUUCCUGCUAUGGUGUAUGAAUAAAUUUAAUAUUUCUGCAUUUUA